AUGGCACCGAUACGGCGCUACUUGCGCAUAAGCAAGCACUCUGUCCUUGAAUGCCGCAUAUUCCUCGAGAACCCCGCCGAUGAAUCUAGGUGGCUGCUCCGUGACGGCGAUCCUGCCCUCCCACGCGUCCUCCAAGCAGUCGUACCGUAUGUUCUGCCAAAGUUGAGGGAAGAGAAUGAGAGAGCACGUGGAAAGGGCAAAAAGAAGAAGAGUGUCAAGGAUGUUGUGAAACAAGACGAUUUUGAGGUUUCCAUAUUCCUUACGGAAAUCAGAACUCGACAUUCACUCCUCGUGAAAAACAAGACGUUCAAAGAGCGUUCCCUGCUCCGGGAUAAUAAUGGCGGCAAAUUGACAGGCGCUGCUCGAGAUGAGGUUGUAAUCCAGGAUGAAAGCGACGAAGAGAACGUCAGCCUCGCACGGAUCCCGCAGGCAGAGGGCCCCGACGAGGAACCUGAGACUGCGACGGCCACGAUAGAUGACGAUGAUAAGAAAAAGCUUGGAUUCAAGACAACGUACGAGGGAUUUAGUAUUUGGGGCUGGGUGCUCUGCCUCUUCAUCGAGCGUAAGGGUGGCCCAGGAAAGAAAUCAUCUGGAGUCGAGGCUCAGGCUCUCAUGCAAGAUUGGAUAGCUUCUACGCAAGCACGGGAAGAAGAUGACACCUGA